AUGAGCACCCACAGAUCAAAAGCAUCUGUGGAUGAGCUGGUUAAAACCUCUGCAAUAAGAGGCGCGCGAAGCCACUGGCGAGGGAAUUUAUCUUUACAUAUUGAGAUUGAUAAGUAUGUCACAAGAUCGAAAAUUGGGUAUCCAAGUUCUAGCUCUACCAAUCCAUCUACUGCUUCAACCAUAGCUCCGAAAAUUCAAAAGAAAAUAUUUAUUUCAGAUGUUGAUUUAGAAUCUCUUGAAGCUAAUCCGGGAAAUAGAAAGCCCAUUGCAGAGUAUAAUCCUAAUAUACGUGAUGAUAUUAGGAGAUAUUAUAUUCUUAAAAAGCCUUGCCAACCUAAGGAUCAUAAAUUUCCUAAAACUAAGUUUGGGAAGGAAAUGCGGCAGUUCUUUCCUAAUUGGUUUAAGGAUCGUAAGUGGUUAGAGUAUAGCAUAACAAAAGAUGCUGCAUUCUGUUUGUGUUGCUACUUGUUUAAAAAUGAAUAUGAAAGUCGUGGAAAUAUGGUUGAUGUUUCUUUUACGAAGACCGGCUUUAGAGCUUGGAACAAAGCUACAGAAAGAUUUAGAGCUCAUGUUGGAGAUGUAAAUAGCAUCCACAACAAGUGUUUCAACAAGAUGCUUGAUUUGAUGAAUCAAUCACAAUCAAUACGCACUUCAUUUGAUAAAAAAUCCAAGAAAGAAAAAAGUGAGUCUCGACGUCGCUUGAGUGCUUCAGUUGAUGUGACAAGAUUUCUCUUGAAAUUAGGAUUAUCAUUUCGUGAACAUGAUGAGAGUCGAUCUUCUUCAAAUAGAGGUAUUUUUCUUGAACUUUUGCAAUGGUAUGGAGAUAUUAAUAAAGAUGUUGGAAGCAUUAUUUUAGAAAAAACUCCAAAAAAUGAAAUGAUGUGUUCUCCAAGUAUUCAAAAGGACAUUGUUGAUUCUUGUGCUAAGGAAACAAUCAAAUCUAUUCUUGAAGAUUUAGAUGGGGAUUAUUUUGGUAUAUUAGUCGAUGAAUCAAAAGAUAUAUCACACAAGGAGCAAAUGGCACUUGUUUUGAGAUAUGUUAACAAAGAAGGAGAAGUGAUAGAACGAUUUGUUGGUAUUGUUCAUGUUAGUGAUACAUCUGCUUGUUCAUUAAAGGAAGCAAUCUACUCUUUUCUUUCAGAUCACUCAUUAAGUCCAUCCCAAAUACGUGGGCAAGGUUAUGAUGGAGCUAGCAAUAUGCAAGGACAUCUAAAUGUUAUUCAUGUGCUUGAAUUUAUUGGAUGCGAGUGUCCAAACUAUACUGAUAGACUUCUUGCUAAAACUCUUGUGGAUACGAUUAAGAAAUUUGAUUUUGCCUUGAUGCUGCACUUAAUGUGGAAAGUUCUUAUGAUGACAAAUGAAUUGAGCUCCUCAUUACGAAGGAUGGAUCAAGAUAUUGUCAAUGCUAUGGGAUCUCUUGCUCUUACAAAGCAAAGAUUACAAAAUAUGAGGGAUAAUGAAUUCGAAUCACUAAUGGAUGAUGUCUCUUCUUUUUGUGAUAAACAUGAUAUAGUCAUUCCGGAGAUGAAUGCUAGCUACUUUCCUGGAAAGUCAAAGCGUAAAGCUCUUGAUGUUACAUAUUCUCAUCAUUUGCGUGUUGAAAUAUUUUAUGUUGUUAUUGAUUUGCAUCUUCAAGACCUUAAUAAUCGUUUUGAUGCUGUGAGUACUGACUUACUUCUCAGUAUGGCUAGCUUGAAUCCAGUUAAUUCAUUCGGUCGUUUUGAUAAAGGCAAGAUAAUGAGGUUGGCUGAAUAUUAUAUGAAUGAGUUUGACAAUAACAAGCUUCAGGAUCUCAGUUUUCAGCUUGAUAGCUUUAUAGUUUAUGCUCGUGGUUCUGACGAGAGGUUCUUCAACUUGAAGGGAAUUAGUGAUCUUGCUAAAGUAUUGAUCAAGUCAGAUCUACAUCAAACUUGGCCACAUGUUUAUUUGCUUAUCAAGUUGACUCUCAUUCUUCCCGUUGCUACUGCUUCUGUGGAACGAGCUUUCUCAUCCAUGAAGUACAUUAAAAAUGAACUCCGUAAUAGUAUUGGUGAUGAAUUUUUGAAUGGUUUUUUAGUUUGCUAUGUAGAGAGUAAGAUAUUUGCAUAUGUAAGUAAUGAUGCAAUUAUUUAUCGUUUCAACAUAUGA